UUUUAUAUCUUUUAUAAGAUGUCUUUUAAAAUUUAUGAGUUAUCUUUGAAGAGGAAUAAAUGUAAAAACGACGUGGCAUAAGGAUGGUAUGUAAGAGUAUUGUGUUGCUAAAAUGUUGCAAUUCGUGUGUUUGUAAAAUAAAUUCACAUCAAAUUCCAUUCAGAAACAUCCAGCUUUUUUGUUUGUUGGCUUUGUAUCGUACUUGACUUGAGUCACAAAUGUGGUAUGUGCGUGUGUAAUGCAAAACAAACUUUAUUAUACGUGAAUGCACACACAUACACACGCAAAUAUAUACACAUGGGCACGUAUACGCACAUGUAUGCACACAUACAUGGGCGCACACUCACACCGUCACUCAAAUACACACAGACACGCACGAACGAACACACACACACAUGAACACACACCCUUUUUGCAAAACAAAAGCAAAGUUGGGGUUUGGGACAGGGGGCUUAGGUGGCGACUAUUCGUGAUAUGGUAUAACCUAAAAUUGACGACCAUUAGUGUCCACCCUCACGACACAUUCGGUCGCCGGGCGACGAUACGUGCCGCACGUAUCGUUGCCGGGCGACCGAAUGUGCCAAGGCGACCAAACGUACCUUAACAUGGCACUUCAGCAUAACAUCCAUUAUAUCUUAUAGUUUAUUUCCCUGCUCAUGUUUUCUCCUCCAUGCCAAACAGUACACUAUAGGGGGAGAUAAUUUGGAGCACUUUCAUUUUGAUGAGCUGGGGAGACAUUUGUUUCUCACUGCAACAAAUUAAAACCCUAUACAUAGAUAGAAAGGCUGUUAACAGAAUAAUGCGCACCAGAGAUCAUUACGCAGUAAAAGGACCGAGCUUGCGAAGUCCUCUUCCGCGUAAAGGUUGAUGGCAGGAAUAUUUCUCGAUAUUCAGUUAAUAAUCUCUUUAUUACAAUUUUUUCAAAUUCUGUAAACUUCUAAUUCUAGCAGCGCAUAUUCCUUUACAUUUUCUGUAGCAGACAAAGUCUUCAAGGUUUCUCCACGUGUCUGGAUAGAAAUAUAUCUUUUGGAGGAAUAUUUUCAUUCAUAUCAUAUUUAAGACAAUGGUUAACUGAUUAUACUGAAAAGGUUUAUAUUUUCUAUACAUGUAUCUCUAAUUUUAUACAAAAUUAUUGUUAAGGGCAAUAACUCCGACUGGUAAAUUCUCUAGCACGUAUGUCAUAGAUGAUUUCCCUCAUAUAUCUACUAUUUCAUACGUAUCUAUUAAGAUGCAGUUUCUUUUUUCAACAGUUGAAAUUAAAUUUUUGUCAUUUUAACCAAUUUUAGCUCACCUGAGCUGAAAGCUCAAGUGAGCUUUUCUGAUCGCCUGCUGUCCGUCGUCUGUCCGUCUGUCUGUAAACUUUUUUUACAUUUUCGACUUCUUCUCAAGAACCGCUGGGUCAAUUUCAACCAAACUUGGCAAAACGCAUCUUUAGGUGAAGGGAUUUCAAGUUUGUAUAAAUGAAGGGCCAUGCCCCCUUCGAAGGGGAGAUAGUUACAAAAAUGCAAAAAUAGGGUGGGAUCAAUUAAAAAUCUUCUUAAGAACCACUGAGCCAGAAGAGCUGAAAUUUACAUUAAAGCUUCCUGACAUAGUGCAGAUUCAAAUUUGUUAAAAUCAUGACCCUCGGGGUAGGAUAGGGCCACAAUAGGGGAUCAAAAAUUUUACAUACAAAUAUAUAGGGAAAGUCUUUAAACAUCUUCUUCUCAAGAACCACUGAGCUAGGAAAGAAUGAAUUUAAAUGAAAACUUCCUGCCAUAGUGCAGAUUCAAAUUUGUUAAAAUCAUGACCCCUGGGAGUAGGAUGGGGCCACAAUAGGGGAUCAAAGUUUUACAUACAAAUAUAUCGGGAAAAUCUUUGAAAAUCUUCUCAAGAACCACUGGGCCAGAAAAAGUUUACAUUUACAUGAAAUCGUCCUGACAUAGUGCAUAUUCAAGUUUGUUAAAAUCAUGACCCCCGGGGAUAGGAUGGGGCCCACAAUAGGGGAUCAAAAUUUUACCUACAAACAUAUAGAGAAAAGCUUUAAAGAUCUUCUUCUCAAGAACCAUUAGGCCAAAGAAGUUUACAUUUACAUGAAAGCUUCCUAGUGCAGAUUCAAGUUUGUAAAAUCCAUGGCCCCUAGCGGUAGGUUGGGGCCACAAUAGGGAUCAAAGUUUUACAUGCGAAUAUAUAGGGAAAUAUUUUCAUUUGGACCAAGGUGACUCAAGUGAGCGAUGUAGCUCAUGAGUCUCUAGUUUUAAUUUAGAACAACUAUUACAAGAUGUUAAGAGUCACGUUACAUUAUGUUGCAUGAUCUUUUUUUUUUUUAUCCUAUGCAUUCUUUUUUGUUUGGAUUUUGGAGACAUCAUUGUCAUGUUUUCUGACUGACAUUCACAACAAGGCUAGAUAAGUAUUUUCAAGUUUUGAUGCAUAUCAUGUAAAUAUUUUUCGUUAAUUAAUCUUUGUGCAUAUUUUCAAAUGUAAUCUUAUUUUGACUCAGCUUUAAGAUUUGUAAAGAUGGAUAUAAUGAGAAUAGACUUAAGUCAUAAUUUUGAUUAUAUAUAUCGUAGGAUUUACCCAACACAGAUUGGGUUUUUUAAAAUCACAUGCAAAUUUAAAUACAUACUGAAAAUUUUAUUUGUUUAUUAAAAUUAUUUCAAAAGUUAGUUGGAUCCAAAAUUUAGACUCAAGUCUAUUCACAGUUUAUGGUCAGCUUUCCUUUGCAUAUUUUCGUAUUAAUCGUAUUCCUGAUAGAUAUAGCUUGUAAACAUGUUUUUUCAUGCCAAUCGUGCCAUUCAGAGAUCUAAAAUUUGGGUGGAUUGUUCUUAAAAGACUCUUCAUAUAUAGAACAGUCUGAACAUUUCGGGGGAUUUUCUUUUAAACUAUAUACCAAUUCUCAUUUUGUUUAAACUUAAAUUUUAUCUCGCAUAAUCAUCGUAAUUAUUUUGUAAACAAUGGUUGUUACCAUUCAAACGAGUAAGCAAAGCGUGCAAGUUAAAUUCUUAUCAUUUGAUCAUUUCAUACUGUGGACAACGUAAUGUUUGAUAUAUUUUUAAAACAUGACUUGUACUUUGAAUGUAUAAACAUUUGUUGGCCCCCAAUUCACACGAUGAAAAUGGAAUACCUUGAAAUCCAAACAAGCACAAAUGACAAGAAAGAAGAUUAAAGCAACCAUGAAAACAAAUGAUAUUCUUUUUUCGAGAAAAUAAGUUGUUAUUUUCGAAAUUAUUUUCUUAUAGUUUUGAAAUCAUAAUGAUCUGGCAAUUUUCAGAAUUUUUUUUUUUUUUUCGAAAAACUCAGCGCGUAAUUUCAAGAUUUUUUUCUAGUAAUUUCAAACGAGUCAUUUUGUCCUUUAUACUAAUCAGCUUUCUUAAUUAUAUGGAGGGGGUAAAAAAGAUCUCUGAUUUGCACGAUUUAUAUAUAUAUAUAUAUAUAUAUAUAUAUAUAUACAUGUAUGUAUGUAUAUAUAUAUAUAUAUAUAUAUAUAUAUAAGGUGUACUACUUUGUACACUAUGAACUUGAGCGCGACCAAGGCAUCUUACAUCCUAAUCAUCCUGUCGUGAGGACCAUGCAAGUUACCGUAUGUUGUAGAACAUACAGGUUUUACUGUUAAUGGGCUUUGUAAGAAAUGUAAGUUUAUGGAAAUAUAAAAUAUUCAUUUUGUAAAGUAUUAACAACAUGAGUAAAACAUUUAGAGAAACGUCUCAAGUACAGUGUUCUAAAUCAUAUACAGUACGUAUUAUAAUUUGCAAGAUAAUUUUUUCUUCAACAAACGAACCUUGACCGUUUUUGGAAUACAAGUUAAGUACACGUAUCAUUUUAUGAUUCGAUGUAAACAGAUGCUUCUUGAUCACGUGCUCAUCAGUUCUAUAAAUACAUUUGAAAACCCCAGACAAGAAGUUUGGAGUAAAUACAUCUACGUAUGUGUACGUCGUAUUGUGAUUUCUUUGAAAUAUCAGUUACAAUUUUAUCAUUUAUUGAACUUGAUGUAUCAAUUUAUAUUUUGCUUUAAUAUUUAAUAAAGCUUGUAAACAAAUUCAA